UGAGCUGGGGCCGGUUUCCCUGCCGGAUUGAAAGGCUGCGUGCACCGAGAGUCGCGGGAGCAGCGUUUCGGUGUCCCCUGCUCCCGCGACAUGGCCUUCAACUUUGGGGCUCCGUCGGGUACCUCGGGCACCGCUGCAGCCUCCGCGGCCCCCGCGGGUGGAUUUGGAGGAUUCGGGACAACAUCUACCACAGCAGGUUCUGCAUUCAGCUUUUCUGCUCCAACCAACACAGGCACUACAGGACUCUUUGGUGGCACUCAGAACAAGGGUUUUGGAUUUGGUACUGGUUUUGGCACAACUGGAACUAGUACUGGUUUGGGUACUGGUUUGGGAACUGGACUGGGAUUUGGAGGAUUUAACACACAGCAGCAGCAAACUACAUUAGGUGGUCUCUUCAGUCAGCCUGCACAAGCUCCUACCCAGUCCAACCAACUGAUAAAUACUGCAAGUGCUCUUUCUGCUCCAACAUUAUUGGGAGAUGAGAGAGAUGCUAUUUUGGCAAAAUGGAAUCAGCUGCAGGCCUUUUGGGGAACAGGAAAAGGAUACUUUAACAAUAACAUUCCACCAGUGGACUUCACACAAGAAAAUCCUUUUUGCCGAUUUAAGGCAGUAGGUUAUAGUUGUAUGCCCAAUAACAAAGAAGAAGAUGGGCUAGUGGUUUUAGUUUUCAACAAAAAAGAAACAGAUAUUCGAAGCCAGCAACAGCAGUUGGUAGAAUCAUUGCAUAAGGUUUUGGGAGGAAACCAGACCCUUACUGUAAAUGUAGAAGGUAUUAAAACAUUGCCAGAUGACCAGACGGAAGUGGUCAUUUAUGUUGUUGAGCGUUCUCCAAAUGGUACUUCAAGAAGAGUCCCAACUACAACAUUAUAUGCCCAUUUUGAACAAACCAAUAUAAAAACACAGUUGCAGCAACUUGGUGUAACCCUUUCUAUGACUAGAACAGAACUUUCUCCUGCACAGAUCAAACAGCUUUUACAGAAUCCUCCUGCUGGUGUUGAUCCUAUUAUCUGGGAACAAGCCAAGGUGGAUAACCCUGAUUCUGAAAAGUUAAUUCCUGUACCAAUGGUGGGUUUCAAAGAACUUCUUCGAAGACUGAAGGUUCAAGAUCAGAUGACUAAGCAGCAUCAAACCAGAUUAGAAAUCAUAUCUGAAGAUAUUAGCGAAUUGCAGAAGAAUCAAACUACAACUAUGGCCAAAAUUGCACAAUACAAGAGGAAACUCAUGGACCUUUCCCACAGAACCUUACAGGUCCUAAUCAAACAGGAAAUUCAGAGGAAGAGUGGGUAUGCCAUCCAAGCUGAUGAAGAGCAGUUGCGAGUUCAACUAGAUACAAUUCAGUGUGAACUAAAUGCACCUACUCAGUUUAAGGGCCGACUAAAUGAACUGAUGUCUCAAAUCAGAAUGCAGAAUCAUUUUGGAGCAGUCAAAUCGGAAGAAAGAUACUACAUAGAUGCAGAUCUGUUACAAGAAAUCAAGCAGUUUGUGGUGGCCAGAACCUCCAACCACUUGUCUAAGGCUCACUGCUUUUGCUUACUGUCACUGGUGUAAAUGCAGAUUGAUUUAAUGAAAGCUGUCCAACUACGGACUGUGCCUAAACAUUUGAAACAACAACAGGAAGGCCUUAGCCACUUGAUUAGCAUCAUAAAAGAUGAUUUAGAAGAUAUAAAGUUGGUAGAACAUGGAUUGAAUGAAACUAUCCACAUCAGAGGUGGUGUAUUUAGUUGACAUUUCACAAACUUCUGUCAAAGGUUUGAAAAAUAUGUCUUCUUGCUACAUCAGGCCUUCCUUAAGAAUGAAACUGACUACAUGGAGGAAAAAGAAAAAUGUUCUCCUGGCUUUUUUUUGAGGAGGUUACUGACCAAUUAUUGUUCAUCAUAUCUGAAAUAAGUCAUUUCACAGCUCUUCAAAGGUAGCUUUUAAAAGACUUAUAUCUAAAAGCUGUUACUUCUUUAAAGGGAGUACAUAAUUACCAAAAAUAUGUACUAUUGUAUGACAGCAUUGUUCUCAGAAAUCAGUGUUUAAUGAUUAUUCUCCAUUGAGCCUGUGUUCUGCUUUCCAUAGCAAACACGAAUUAUCUACUUUGCACCUAAUGAAUAAACUACUUGACUGUUCGAGGUUUGUACUUCAAAAUGUAAAUGUAUGUCAGUUUUAUAUUUGUGAAUUCAUCUGUGGGAGGAGUAAAGAUAAUCCAAGAGUAUUUAAUGAUUAAUGUGAUUUUGUUUCCAUUCUAAAAGAUUUGAGAAUAUAUUUUUAUAUUAUUUUACUUAUUUGAACUUACAGAAUACAUCUAAGCAAUUAGGGUAUGACAAAAUUACAUUUUAUCAUUUUAGCAAUUUUUUUGUUUAAACCUUUUCAUUUCUUAAAGAUGAAAACUCUAAAUAAAUUCUUGAUUGUCAUUACUUUGAGAGAAUUUUGUCUGAUCCUUUGUCUUGGGGAGAAUGACCACUCAUGCCCACACAAGUAUUAAAUCAUAAUUCAAGCAUUUCAGUUUUCUCUAACGUCUGAUUUUUCCCUCCUAAGAAAAAUAUAUCAGUACUAAUAUAUUUUGACUAGGGUAUGGCAAAUAAACUAAUUUCAGAUAUCAUCUAGAAUAAAGAAUUCCCCAAUACAGCAUCAGUAUCUGAAAACACUAGAAAAUCUGAAUUGACAGCAGUAUGGAACAGUGAUUCUUUUAAGCAGGUAAUUGUAAAUUUUUCUGACUACAAAUGCACACCCGGGCUGUGUCACGUUGGCCCCUCCCGGACCGCUUUGCCUCUGUUUCUGUGGGUGCUUUGGCCUAUGGUGGGAAAUGCCCGCCUCUGUGCAUAUUAUGGGGCAUGGUGAGGCGUGUGGUACGCUCUGUGUCCAGAGGCCAUCCUCAGAUCCCACUGAAGGACUUUCUCCCCAGUUGUUAAUUGUAUAGGAGACUUGGAACUUUGAAACUGUUUCUUUCCAAACUAGCACUAGAAGCUAGCUUGCAGUCACUUCUACCAAGGUGACGGCCCAGAAACUUGUUACUCUAUUCCCUAUCCCGCCACCCCGCUUCAGCACUUUCCUACUUGUCACACUUCCAGCAGCAUCAGAAGAAUUUCUCGUCUGUUUUCUCCUUGGGCUAGAAGAUGGCACUUCCGUCCUCAUCCACAUUGUUGAGUGUGGAAGGAGUUUCUGUCCCUCUAUAUAUUCUCUAACAGGCAGAGUUGUUGAUCUGAUGAGAAUUGUUACUCAUUGAGCCACAUUAUCUAGUAGACGGUUCUUUAAUCAUACAUACUAUGCUCAUUUGCUUAGCCUUUCAUUUUUUUGUGCUCUGAUAUUAUCAGGUUCCUAAAUUCACAAGAUAAAAUACCCCUAGGUAGGGCCUAGGUCUGCCUUUAAAAGCCAGGUCCAGUCAGCUUCCUAAGUUUGAUCCUGCUGGUGACUGCAGCUGUGAGGGCCUGUGGUCCUUGUUCAUGCAGCUGGAUAGAUAACUGGACUUGGUCCACACAAGCAAUGACCAAGUUCUAGAUCUGGGCGAGAAGGAGAAGGAAAGACCCACAGUGGCCUCAGAACUUGUUCUCCAGCAUAAUUUACAUAAAUUCUGUGUUUAAUCUUUAUCUGGCCACAGUUCCUAUGGAUAGUCUAAAAUUCUGAACAUGAAAUGAGGUAAGCAGAAUUAAAGCACACUGAACCCCUAAUGCCUAAUUUAGAUUUACUUUUUUUGUAUCUUUGUAAGUGGCCUUAAACCCUUUUCAAAACAUGGCAAAAGUGUCAGUUA